UCUAGCGAGCGUGGGGAGGGAAAAUGCAAGUGCAUGCAAAAGCCGUGUGGCGUCGCUAGCACUUGUUGCACUCACUAUGACGUUACUACAGUUGUGAUGCCGCCACCAUUCAUACAACUUCAUCAAAAACGAAUUCAUUUUAAAACAUACGCAACCCGCCACUAUGUAAUUGUUUAACAUUGAAUCAAAUCAAGCCGGUUUUUAUUGUGUCUACCAUCCAACGUUCUUUCGCUGCCGUAGAAAUAAGUGUCGUUCAAAACAAACUACAAGUUUUAUUUCUUUUCAGAUUUACAAGAAAUCAUGGCGAAAAAACUCCAUCGUCUCUAUUCCCGAAUCGAAGACAAGCUCCUCAAAUAAACAAGUGACAUUUUUAAAAAGAAUUCAGUUCCUUAAGUGAUUCAGUUUUUUGAACUUUUUGUGCGCCUGAACUAACACUAAGUGACUCAAGAUUUUUUUCUGUAAGUGCGGGCACUUAAUAACCUCUUAAAAUUUGUGUAAUGAAUUAUUGGAAGCGAUGGGUAAUAUUGUUUUUGAAACCGAUGUGACAAACUUGCCGUCUUUGAAAAAUGGCGGAGUGCUCAUUUUCGAGAUGUAUUCAACAAAGGAGGAACAUUAGAAGAGAGCUACAAAGAUGGACAAAAAAUAUGGUUCAUAUAGUCGGGUUGGAACGAAUCGCUGAAGAGUUGAUGGGUCGAAGGAAAUGGGAACUAUAUCAAGAAUCCAUGUCGAGAAGUUAUCUGCAACCAUUAAACAACAAUAUAAAAAGAACAAAUCCACAAGUCGAUAUCGACGACGAGUAUUAUCAGAAAGAACUAGCCAAGUCCAUCCGUCUACAAGUCCAAGCCACCGCCGAACUAGAUUUGGACAAGGGCGACACGAAAACGGGACACGUGGGCAAACAGGAACAAGUCAACGGGAUAGACAAACUAAGGGAGAAGGAGGGGGAAGUGAAAAAAGAAAAGGAAGAAUAUCAGAAGGAAAACGAAAACGAUAUAGACAGAUUAAAAGACUGGACGCCGCAAACCAAGUGUCAUUUUUGUGUGGACGGCAAGCUGGAUAGUGAACAUAGCACGCACGGGGUUUUGAGUCCCCGUCUUUCGGACUCCGACACUUCCGACAGUCACAGUGACGGCGAAGUGCCGACAUCUUUAUUACCUACCUCGAGGGGGUUGUUAAACAACCACCAUCAUCACAGAUCUAACAUUCAACAACCGCUCCCGACGCAAGCGGCAAUGACAACGAUAGAAAACAUGUCGAUGGCCGCCCUAGCAGUGGCGGCAUUAUCGGGAGGGCCGAGUCCCGGAGGCACCCCCACGCCCAACCUGCAAUUCUACAACCCCACCAUUCUCAACCACAACUGGUACCUGGCUAACGUCGCGAGGUCUUUUCAGACAGUGGCGGCGCUGAACGAUGUGGAGAAAAGCAACGGAGGGGGUAACAUCGCCAGUGGAGAGCAGCCCUUGGACCUGAGUAAAGGGUCCGUGAACAACAUCCAUACUCAAGAACAGAAGAUUCCGACGGGGAAUCAUGUCAGGUUGUCGUCGUUAGACUCCAGGCAUAUUUUCAAAGCGAAACCUAGAAUGUCUGCGGUGGCGGGUCGACGAACCUACACGGAAGACGAACUCCAGGCCGCCCUCAGGGACAUCCAAUCGGGAAAAUUGGGCACGAGGCGAGCCGCCGUCAUAUACGGGAUUCCCAGGUCGACGCUUCGCAACAAAGUGUACAAAUUGGCCCUAGAAAAAGAAAGAGAAUCUCAUCUCAAUAGUUCUACUCCUAACGAGGAGGAAGCUAUGGAAGAUGAAAAAGACUUGUCCGGAACGGAAGAAGAGAAGGAAGUUGAAAAAGCCUUGGAAGGUCCUUUGCUCUCUAUGGAAGACUUGUUCAGGUUUAGUGCAGGUCGAGAGAUUCCAGAUACCCUGAAGACUCUCCUUCAAAAAGGCGGUCUAGACCAGAGCGAAGUCCCUUACCUCCAAAACAUUCUCCUCGCGUCGCAAACGAUGCUUCCGACUCAAAAACCUCCCGAUGGCUCAAUGGUCACCAACAUGAUCCCCGAGCUGAUGAAGCGCAUGAUCGCCGAAGAACAAUUGCUGAAGAUGCAGAACAACGGUGAUAGCGAGAAGAUCAUCACCAGGCCGAGUCCCAGCAAUUCGGUGAUCACCAAAGGCGAACGAACCAAAUCGGAAUCCGAUAUGGAAGCCGACGAUUCUCCAUCGAAUGUGAUACUAAAAAUUCCGUCCUUUAAGCCGACGACGUCGAGUAAAAACGGAUGCGAUACGAUACGGAAUCCCGUCGAACCUACAGUAGGAAGCAUAAUUUCACCCCCGGUCACCAGCGAAUCGGGAUCUCCUCCAAUCUUACCAACCAAGGGACUUAUAAUUAAAGACGUCAAAGACGUUAUUGCUCAAAGCAUUAGUCAGAAGUUCCAACAGUCCAUGGAACCGAGGAGGCCCAUGAUGGAUAUGGAGUUCAAAAGGAGCGGCUUCACGCCGCCGCUGGGAGCGGGAAUAUCUGUCAUCAAAACGCAGCACGAUCUCAACCGACAGUUCCAGCAACAACAUCCCAAACCCCAACAGCAAAGUUCUAAUAACGCUCCGACGGGAGGAAAAGGAACAAGACCAAAACGAGGCAAAUACCGGAACUACGACCGAGACAGCCUCGUGGAAGCAGUACGAGCAGUCCAAAGAGGCGAGAUGUCAGUACAUCGAGCGGGCAGUUACUACGGCGUACCUCAUUCCACGUUAGAAUACAAAGUGAAAGAAAGACAUUUAAUGCGACCGCGCAAACGUGAUCCGAAACCAAAUCCAGUCGAUGAAAAAAUCGCGAGCCUUAAGCAAAACGACAUCCGCAACGCCCAAGACAAGAUGAAGCCUCUCAUGAAACCGCCACAGAAGUUCUCGCCAACGUCACCAAACGGAAUGAAGCUUACGAUGUUCGAACCAGGAAUGGCGCCUUUGGCGGGGUAUAACCCACCUCCUUUUCCAUUCUGGCCAGCUCCAGGUUUCCCUCCUAUACCGUUGGACUAUGCCAGAACACCAACCUCUCCCUUUGCUGGACCAAAUCCAUCGGAAUACUUCGCGUCGCAAAUGAUGCAGAAGCUCCAAGAAGAUUCUUCGAGAACAACCCCUCAGGCUUCAGGAGGUGGUCCAACUCUAUCCAAAAAUGCCAGACAAAGAGCUGAGUCUCUGUUGGAGAGUAGUUCAGCGGCGAAUGGAUCUUUUCUAGACGGGAUUAUCAGAUCGAGUUUGGAGUCGGGUGUUCCCAGUAGCGAGAAUAAGACUUCGAACGAAGAUAAGAACAUCGCUCCUGAGAACAUGUCCAAUAAAGCCUUGUUGGAUCAGUUGUGUAGGAAUAGCAGGCUUACGCCUCUUUCCAAACCCACCACUUCGGAUGGAAAUCACAGUUCAGAAGACGAAUCUUGUCGGAAAAGUCUUAGUCCCUUGAAUUUCGCCACAGGCGAUACUUCCCGAGACGGCAACAAUGAUGACGACUCAUCAUCCAGAUUUGACAAAGACAGUUCGGAGGUUCACACCAUUGAGCUUUCGAACGAUUCAAACACCUCGAGCGAAAAGAGAACGAUCGAGGAAGAACGAAAACCGAGGAUAUACUUGAAGCAGGACCUCGUGAAACCCGAAAAUCUCAAGCCAGAAAUGUUGGUACGUUUUCGGGGGGAGGUCCUGCAAGACAUUGACCAUAAUGGUAUGGCGGAAAGUGCGCCCAGUAGUGCCUCAGAAACGGACGGGCCGCAAGACUGACACCAGCCGGAAAUGUAUGUACCUAUAGUAAGUGACAGAAUUUUAUACUGAAGUCGUACUUUCUUAAAGAAGUAAACAUAUUAUUAGAAGAAUUUCCAUGUUGGAAAUUGAAAAAACACACACGUGGUUGUAAGUAACAAAAAUAUGAGCUCGAUAUGACGGUGUUUGUUGAUAAUAAUUUAUUGUUUUUCUAUGAUUUUGUUCUUAGUAGUGGAGCAGAGAAAGGUGAUUUCCAAAUAUCUUUAUAGACAUGCAAUCGUUAUAGUUAUACCUUACAAUUUAAAGCGUUAAUAAUAUGAACAAAGAUAAAUAGCAUUGCUUUAUUACAUUUUAUAAAAAAAUUGAUUCAAUUAACGAAUUGUAGGAGAAUGAUUCACUUGAAAAAGUUUUCUUAAAGCACUUAAGGGACCUUAAAAGGGGAUGCAAAAGAAAGACAUUUUAAUGAAAAUACAUAAUACAAAACAGUAUACUAUCACACAGAAAAGUAAAGGGUUUCCUCUGUUAAAAUAUGCAAAAAGGCCUCACUCCCAAAAUUCAAAUAUUUUCAUUUUUUUACGUUCCAUGUGAUUAAAAAAUAAGAUUCAGCUCAAUUUUAAUCCUCCAGCCCCCUUAAACUUCCCCAACACUAAAAACGUAAUUUUUUAGUUUUUAUUUUUUUAGGUGAGAUACCCAUUUAAAAAUUUUAAAAAAAUUCACACGCAUAGUUGAGACUUGUACAAAAAAUUUCUUUUUUGCACAUAACCACAAAAUGCAUUUUCUUUUUUAUAUAAAACAGUUUUUUUGAGAUGGUUGCAGGUCUAAUUUUUUUUUAUUUUGGAUAUUUUAUCUAUAAAAAACUAUAUUUCUAAUUUUUACAGAUUUCCCCGUAAGGUGCGCCACCUGGAAAAAUCCGAUUUUUUGUAAGUUGGUUUUUGGGGAUUUUCCCCAUUUCCCCAUAGACAUCAAAAUAGUUCAAAUUCAUUUUUAUACAUUCUACGUGAUUAAAAAUAAAGACAAAGCCCCUCCCAAUCUCCCAUCGCCAAAAACGUCAUUUUUUUCCGGGAAAUGCAAUCAAUUUAAAAUUUUUAAAAAAUUCACACGCAUAUUGGAAUGCAUUUUAUUUUAUUUAUUUAUUUUUUUUAAGAGUAUAACUUUUUUCUGGAGAGGCCUGCAGGUCUAAUUUUUUUUAUUUUAUGUAUUUUAUCAAAAACUAUAUUUCUAAUUUUUUUCAGAUUUUUGCGUAAGGUGAAUUUAAAAAUCCCAAAAACUGGAUAUUUAGGGGGUUUUGAGGAUUUUCCCCAUUUUAUAAACUUCAAGAUUGAUUAAAUUAAGGCUUUUUUUAUAGACUGUAUAAAAUUUGAAGUAACUGAAUUAUUUAGAACAUUCCAAAAUAUGAUAAACACGUUCAAACCCCCCAAAAACGAGGGAGGUUUUUUGGGGGAAUUUUUGGGGGUUUGAACGUUUUUCUCCCAUUUUUGAACCUCCUAAAAGUCUCAGUUACUUCAAACUGUAUAUAAUCUAUAAAAAAACCGUGAUUUGAUCCAUUUUGAAGUUUCUAAAAGGGAAAAAGUCCCAAAAACCCCCGUAAAAAUCAGUUUUUCGAAUUUUUGAAGGUGGCGCACUGUAAUUAAAAAUAGAAUCGUAAUGAAUUAAGAAAGAUAAACUUCUGUAGGUACUAUUUUUGUUUCUUUUUUCCUAGGUACUGCCUCAUAAAAUCAAUUUGGCAACAAUCUUUUAAGUUAUUCUUUUAAAUGAAUCAAGAUUUUUGUUAAAUGUUAUACGACAUUGUCAUUUUUACUCUUUUAACUUAUAUCAAAAAAGUACCUUAAGUUAUUUUAGUGCGAACCAAAACCAGUAAAGGAGAAUUAUAUUAUGUGUUCCAUACAUUUUUCAAGGUUUUCGAUUUUUAGUAAACUCCUUAAGAUAUUCAGGAAAUGACUUCUCCGUUCCACUAUAGGGUAGGUUUUUUGCUAAGCAUCAAAGCAGUUAAGCUGUAUAUUAGGUGUUUUUGACUACUCUAAAAUGUAUUCGUAUUGAAAAAAUUAUACCCAACGUGGAACAGUCAAAUUUUUUUAUUUUGUUUUGGUCGUUUUUAAGACGGAGAAGAAUAUUUUAUUUUUUUGGGCAUUUUGAGAAUGAGGAAAACAACUUUCCUUAUAUAUAUAUAUAUCAAAAUUAAUGUAAAAGUAACGCAAAAAUUUAAGUAGGUCUCUUAUUUUGUUGCGUUAUUACAGAAUGAUUACAUUGCCGUCCUCGGAAAAAUUUAUAGGCAAAUUAUUUACUAAACCUUAUCAUUCUGCAGGCUACCUACAAGCUAUAACAAAUUUUAAUACAUGUACAAGCAAAAUUGUUCUACUUUAUGUACCAUCAACUUUACAUGGUAACAAGGCAUGUACUCAGCAAAUGCACUACACAAUAAUGAUAAUUCUGCAGGCCAUCUGCAAGCUGUAAUAAAUUUUACUGUUACAACAUAUCAGCAAAAUUGCUGUACUUAUCUACCACCAACUUUACAUGGUAACUAGGCAUUGACUCGACAAACACACAGUACACGAUAAUAAUUAUCCCGUGAAUUUAGUUUAGAAUUUUGACCAAGUAUAAAUGAAGAUAUAAUUAGAUCUACUGCAUAAAUGAAGAUGACUGUGCCAACAACAGUCACCCUGAAAAUCUGAACAAGAAGAAGUGGCGGAAGAACUUAGAAAGUCUUAAGCUUUUGAUGCCCUUGGAAAGCAAAAUUUUUAAAAGAAAUAUAGUCGUAUGAAUGUACAUCAUUUAGAAGAGUGACAUAUCAAAUUAUAGUACAUAAUUAUGGACCAAUAUAUCAAUUCCAAAUCACGUUUAGCUCCAAAAUUUAAAGAACAAUUAUUAUUUACGGCCCUCAUCGACAUUAAAUAACCUUUUGACACCGUAAAUCAAUGGGAACAUUAUUAUCAUUGAGCAGAUGUGUGAGAGGACAUUUACAAAAUUGUCAUAAAAAUGUAAAAUGUGGUAAUAAAUUUCUUCUUCUUUUGAUACUCUAUGUUUUCUUCUGUAUACCUACAUUCCAAAUGCCUUGUUAUCUCUUGUCCUCCACACGUAACUAGAUUCAAACCACAACACUGCGAAACUUUGUUAAACAAUGGUUUUACUUCAUGUAGAUUCUCCAGCCAAGUUUGUAAGUCAUUAUUAAUUUCCAAUAAUAUAUAUCCCUCUUUAUAUCAUAUAUUUCCAAAAGUAUCAUAUUUCAUUACAUUUUUCUCUCUAGUUGUCAAAUUACCAAAACAACCAGAACUUAUAAGAACUGCUUAACAAAGAGCAAAGCGUUAAAAUUAGUGUAAUUAAAAAGAACCAAUAAAAUAUUUUAUUAAUUCUUCAUUGAAAUUUCAAAUUUGGCAAUUGACAACUGACGUUGCCAGCUGAAAUUGACAGUUGACAACUGGCAUUGGCAGUUGACAACUGACAUUGACAGUUAACAACUGACAUUGACAGUUGACAACCGACAUUGACAGCUGACAUUGACAUUUGACAUUUGACACAAUUCUCAAAGUGUUUAAAAAUGAUAAAAUGUUCCUUCCGUAGAUGAAACUUUACGAUAAAUUCCAUAUUUAACUGUUCCACGUUAUUCAAUGUUCAUUGUUCGAUGUAUUUGGCAUGCCCCAAGUAAAUAUAAUUAUAAAUGUCUUUUCUAUGUGUCUUCGACGUCAAGUAUACCUCAACCUGUAUAGAGAAUCACUACCUAUAUGUUAUAUGACCUAGUGGGUGGUAAUUUUGGUAGAGGAAAAAUUUAUUUGCACCCUUUAUUUAUUAAAAAAAUCGUUUUAACGACACAUAAUAUAAUAAGUACGAUUUGAAGGGUGUUUUAACGAUUAAACCAAUAUUUAACAAUCAUUGGGUGUAAAAAUGGCCUUGUUUUGUCAUAAAAUAAUAAAAUUUAAUUAAUUUUUUGUAAAGAGGGUUUAGUAAAACCAUUUUAGACAAUGUGAGCAACUAAUACUAACUUUAAAAAUGGCAUAUAUUUCGAAUAAUACCAGGAACUUCAUAAAAGAAAAUGAAUAAAUUUUGAUAAAAGGGUUUUUAUCCCGAAAGUAUUUUAUUAUGAGAGUGGGGCUCCAAAAUAAAUGAAUCUGUUAAUUUAUUUUAUUAGAAAUAUUUUAAAAAGUAACAAAGUCGCUAAAUAAAAUUUUAUAAAAAUAUAAUCGUAGCCCCCUUCGUUAUAAAGGGGCCGAAGUGUUUAAUUGCGAAUUUAGAUUAGUAAAAAACUCAAAAAUUACGAACAUAUUAUGUAUUUGGAAAAACAAAAGGGUAGUAAUGGACACGCAUUGAAAAAAAAAUAUAUUUCGAAAUAUAUGUCGUCUUGUUCAUAAAAAUAAUUAAAAAAAUUAGGGGGCCUUGCAUUAAAUUUAUUAAUGUAGUGGCCAAAAAUUAAAUACAAACAUGAAGAAGCAAAUAGUAAAUGUGCCAAAAAUUUUAAAAAAAGUU